ACCGCUAAACACCUCCCCGACACCUUUCCCUUUUGACGUGUUCACAAUACGUAUCAUAAUAAUAAGAUCAUACCUUGGCUCGAACAUAUCCCCCUUUGGCUUUGGCUUUGGUAUGAUAGGACAAGAACACCACUUCCUCCUACACCGAUAACUCCAACCGCAACAUACAUUCCUAAGGGCAGACCAUAUGGCGACAGGGUUCGCUCCCCCUCCACAGACCUUCGCUCAGGACGAUGUCCAACUGAGUUAUAACGGUUAUCAAGAUGACCUUAUGGACUAUGAGGAUGCUUCCGCCGGUUUGCUAGUAGCGCAACAACAGGCACAAGCACAAAAUGACGCAGACGAAGCCAUGGAGGUGGACGAACCGAUCUCUACAAUCGACAAUUUAACACCCGAGAAAGUGCAUCUAAGAGGCGUGGACAACAUGAAGACUAGCGAGGUUAAGGCAUUUGCGAGCGAACAUUUUCAGCCAGCGCCGACCAGAGUGCAAUGGAUUGACGAUACCUCUUGUAACCUCAUUUACGAAUCGCCCGACAUUGCGCUUGCGUCUCUAAGCUCCCUUGCAGCUGAACUUGCGGAGCUCCCUAUUCUCCAGUUAAGGCUUGCUAAGGCAGCAUCCUCACAUCCGGAUUCCAGGUUGCACGUUCGGAUCGCAAAGGUGGAUGAUAAGAAGGAACCUGGUGCUCGAGAUAGAAGCAGAUUUUAUCUAUUCCAUCCUGAGGAGGAUCGUGUAGAACAGAUGGAGCGAAAGAAACGCGAAGGCACCCGCCGUAGAGAAGACAGAGAAUAUGAUAGACGGUAUUUCGAUUCUCGCGAACACGAUCGCCGCCGUAACCACGACGUUGAACAAUUCAGUACAGACUUUUACGAUGAUGACACGGCAACUCGGGAAAGUUGUAACAACGCCAGGCAAUCCCGUAGCUAUGACCGGUCAAGGUCUAUCUCUCCCCGCCGGAACAAGAACAUAGAACUGUUUCCUGAAAGAAAGCGAGAACCAAUGGAGGUCGGCCCACGGGUUAGAUGGACCAAGGAGCUAUUCCCGGAGCGCGUUGGAUCUCUGUUGAGCAGAGACAGGGGCCGCGAUCUACUGGGUGCGGAGCAUGAGGGUUCUGGCUCUAGAGAGCUAUUUCCAAACAAGCUCGGUAACCAACGUUUCAAAUCAGAUAGGUCUCUAUCUCCGCAGAAGGGCAUUUCACUCAGUCCCCCGUCCCCCCCGGGGAAGGGUGGUUCGGCAGAUGGAGAGCUGGAGCUAUUUCCCAAGAAAUUGGAGGAUAGGAUUUCCAUGCCUGGAAGAAGCCUGGAGGAUAGAAUCAACCUUGAUGGAACAAGUAAUGGAGAAGAGGGCCUUAAAAUUAGAGGGAGAGGUGUGAAGAGGGACAAUUUAUUCGCGGAGAAGCUAAGGACUUCUAAAGGCGAAGAAUUGGUAUUUGAGGAUAUUGGUGGUGGUAAGAGGAGUAAAGGGAGAAGAAGGGACAAGGCGGAGGAUAUGUUCAAUUGA